AUGGAGAUGUCAUCCCAAGAAGAAAGGGUACACCAGACAGCAGGUGUCUUGUGUGAGGCGAUCAUUAGUGUUGCAUCAUUCAAUUUCACUCUAGAGCAAUGGGAAGUAGUGGAGGUUGACAUCAGAGCAGCCGAAGACCGAGAAUCUGCAUUAAUAAAGCAAUUAGAUAAAUUAAAAGAUCAAAACACAACUGCAGAAGAAAAUGUAGAAACAGAAGACAAUGAAUUAACACUUCAAGACGACAAUCAAUGUGUAGAUGAUAUAUUGAAAGACUUAGGGGAGGCACUUGACGAAGUAGAACAGCAGAAUGCAUCAAUGACAGCAGCAGGACCAACAGAGAAAACGAUGAAAGAUGACAGAUAUGUUUUUAAGGAUACAGACCAGAAUUUUGAUUUAAAUGGAGUUAUUAGCAAGCAAAGGAAAAGGGAAAUAAAGAGGGAAAAAAGCAAAGCAAAGAAAGAGGAGAAAAUAAACAUGAAAAUAGCCAAAGAAGAAGAAAAAGUCGUGCAGUUGUAUUUCAAAGCAGUUGACAACAUUAUGUCAAGGUACAGCAAGGAUGUAAGAUUACAACACAAGAAGGAAGAAAAGAGGAGGAAGCAAAUGGAAAAAGCCGAGAAAAAAGACGUUAAGAUGUUGGAGAAAGGUACAUGUUCAUUUUAUUAAAACUUACACUUGUAGGGUUUUUCUCCUUAAUGUUUUUCUUAGUUUAACCAACA